UCUCUUUUGCCUCCCACCUUCCAAGUCGCAGUAGGGACCUCUUCUCCCUCUCUCUCUCUCUCUCCUUCUUUACUGCCAUUGAAAAAACUGUAUUCUCCACUCUCUGUUCCAUUCUAUAUAUAGCCCUUACAUCUUCUCCCCCUUUCAACCUUUUUCUUUUCUCUCUGCGUUUCACCUUCUCUCAAUCACUCUUCUUUCUUUCUUUCUGCAUUUUACGAGGCAGUGCCGAACAAUGUCAGCUUUCAGGGAAGACGAUCCACGUAUCGACGGCAUUCAAUCCAGAAUCCGCGUCGUCCCUCACUUCCCUAAACCGGGAAUAAUGUUCCAAGACAUCACUACACUGUUGCUGGAUCCCAAAGCCUUUAAAGACACCAUUGAUUUGUUUGUCGAGCGCUACAAAGGCAAGAAUAUCUCCAUAGUCGCCGGAAUUGAGGCUCGAGGGUUUAUAUUUGGUCCGUCAAUUGCGUUGGCAAUCGGGGCGAAAUUUGUUCCCUUGCGCAAGCCGAAGAAACUGCCAGGUAAGGUUAUCCGACAAGAGUAUGACUUGGAGUAUGGAAGCGAUUGUCUCGAGAUGCAUGUCGGGGCAGUAGAAGCCGGAGACCGGGCUUUGGUGGUCGAUGAUCUGAUUGCUACGGGUGGCACUCUCUGUGCAGCUAUGGAUUUACUCGAGCGUGCUGGGGCUGAAGUGGUCGAAUGUGCAUGCGUGAUCGAAAUUCCAGACCUAAAGGGCCAGGAGCGGUUGAAUGGGAAGCCGUUGUACGUUCUGGUGCAAGAGAAAAAACUGUGAUUAGAGAGGGGCUGACUGUAAUAUUGUCUGCAGAUUUCUUUCAUUGUUUUCCUGGCUCUCUCUCUCUCUCUCUUUCUUGCAUACAUCCCUGAGUAUGGAUUUUCGAAGACCUCAAAUCUGUGUUUUACAGAAUUCGUUUUUACAUUACAUUAUAUGAUGAUGAUGUAGGACAACAUUGGAUAUGUUGGUGAAUGUUUUUUAAGAACAAAUUAAACAUCCUCAAAGUAUUUUUCCAGUUUCAUGUUAACUGUUUUUCUUGGUUCAUCCUUUCAUGGAUUAUUUGUUUUGCAACUUCUCUGUCAAGGGACGAGUUAAGUUUGAGAUUAAACAAAUGUCUGGAUAUUUAUUCUAUCGAUUUAUGGUUUAAA